ACCUUGUGUGUGUGUGGGUACAUAUAGUCUGUGUUUCCCUUUGUCCUGUGCCAGUUCGUCUUGUCUCGUCAAGUCUGAGGUCCUCCAUGUCCCAUUUAUGGUUUAUCAGAUUUCACAGAUGAUGAUGAUAUUCAUGGGGGUGAGAGUGAAGAUGAGGAAAACCCUGCUGCGGACAGAGCACUGGACGAAGAUGCUCCUGAUGAAGUGAAUGAUAACUUGCCCCAGGCCUCAGCUCCCAGUUAGAAGAGCAGAGAUUGGAUUACCCAACUGUCAAUCAAUCAUACCAGUGCUGAUGCAAGCCCGACAUGAAACAUCCCAAACAGAUGGCCAGCCACUACCACAUGCCUGCACCCCCACCCAGCCGUAACCCAGACCUAGUCCCUUGGUAAGAGACUGUAAGCUCCUUAGAAUUCAAUGUUUGUCAUUAAUUUAGGUCUUUUUAAUCAAAGUGAUCAAAGUCAUAGUUUUGCAACAAUAACGAUACUCAUCACACUCCAGUGCUUAUGAUUUAACCACUAUUAUUACUCUCAUUCACAAUAAUUAUUGGUCAUGCAACAGAUAAAUGUGUGAAAAUUUCUGAGUGAGUCCUUAAAUCUGUGGCUGUGCUUAAGACAAUAGCAUGCCAGGGGGCUGAGUGAUAGACGUAUUUUGGGGCAAAGCGGUGAACCCGAGACCCUGGCUGGCAGUCAGCAGAGGAGGAGGCUGAGCCAGAGCAGGUGUCUCUGCUGACAUCUGCUUCAGUUCACUAGGGAGACACAAGCACCCUGCAGCUACAGCACUGACAAUGCCACUGAAGUGUCCCAGCAUCAUAUAAACAAGUGACUAUUACUUUGAAGGCGACUUAUAGAUAUGGACCCGAAGGCGACUUAUAGAUAUGGACCAGAAGUGCCAUUAAAGUAGAGGAAAAAGCAAGUAAAAGAAGAGGGAAAAUGUGUUGACAGCUGGCUCUCUAGGUAGACGCGAGUAAAUACUCCAGUAGAACAGAGAGAAGAGGGAAGAUGACAGAGCUGUCAGCGCUCUGAGAGAAACACACUGGUGAAAACAUUUGUCAAGGCUGGCUGAUACGGCGCUGCUCAACACUGCUUCUGCUUACAUUUCCUAAUCAGUGGAGAAGCUGUGAGCAUUGUGUGGGAGGACUUGGGAGAAGAACACCUAUUUGAUUCCUGAAUAGACUCUAUUCUGCUCUCAGCUUCAACUUCCUCAGAAGCAACGGUGUCAGGUUGUCAUCAUGGGGGCAAAAGGCUUCCUCUUAGGCUGUGUGACUGUGGCCCUGCUUCUCGAGCUCUCCACUGCCGGUGUGGUCAAGAAGGUUAUUCGCCACCGUAGAGAGGUUCUGAUACCUAAGAAAACCCAGGAGAACCUUACCCUGCCCCACCCUGACCAGCCAGUGGUGUUCAACCACGUCUACAACAUCAAUGUCCCCUCCACCUCCCUCUGCUCUGUGGACCUCGACUCACCUGGAAACAAUGAUCUCAAACACAAGAGUGCCCCCAUGGACAUGCAGAACACAGAGCACAUGGAGCACACAGUGGAUGGCGAUAAUCAGAUAAUUUUCACUCAUCGUAUCAAUAUCCCAAAGCAGGCAUGUGGCUGCAAUAACCAGCUGCCAGAUAUCAAGGAUAUCCUGAACAGGCUGGAGAUGCUGGAGUCAGAGCUGUCUAGUUUGAGAGAACAAUGCAGCAGUGAGUCAGGCUGCUGUGGAGCUCAGGUUACAGGUGAAGUGUCCACAAAGCCCUACUGUAAUGGCCGUGGGAACUGGAGCACUGACACAUGCAGCUGUGUAUGUGAGACUGGAUGGAAGGGCCCCAAUUGCACCGAACCUGAGUGCCCCAACGACUGCCAGGACCAGGGCCGCUGUGUGGAUGGCAAAUGUGAGUGCUUUGAGGGCUUUGGUGGGGAUGACUGUGGAAUUGAGCUUUGUCUGCUGGACUGUGGUGACUAUGGUCACUGUGUCGACGGGUCCUGCCUCUGUGAUGAGGGCUUCAUUGGUGAGGAUUGCACCCAGACCAACUGCCUCAACAACUGCCUGGGCCGGGGGCGCUGCAUAGAUGAUGAGUGUGUUUGCAACGAGCCAUGGACGGGCUUCGACUGCUCUGAACUCAUCUGUCCAAAUGACUGCUAUGACCGCGGACGUUGCAUCAACGGCACCUGCUUUUGUGAAGAGGGCUAUACUGGAGAAGACUGCAGUGAGCUCACUUGUCCUGGAAACUGUAACAACCGUGGCAUGUGUGUUAGUGGCAAGUGUGUGUGCCAGACUGGCUACAGUGGAGAGGACUGCUCAAAGCUCACCUGUCCCAAGAACUGCAAUGAGAGAGGCCAUUGCUUCAAUGGGAAGUGCAUCUGUGAUCCUGGAUUUGAGGGUGAAGAUUGCUAUAUCCUCUCAUGCCCUGACAACUGCAGUAACAGGGGUCAGUGCCUUAAUGGAGAAUGUAUAUGUGAAGUGGGAUACCAUGGAGACGACUGUAGCGAGCUCUCCUGCCCUAACAGUUGCCAAGACCGUGGCCGCUGCAUAAACGGACAAUGCAUGUGUGGCAAAGGCUAUGCUGGGGAAGACUGCAGCAUUAAGACCUGUCCAAAAGAUUGCAUGGGACGUGGAGAGUGCGUAGAUGGCAAGUGUGCGUGUUUCAUUGGCUUCACAGGAAAAGACUGUGGCGAGCUGACCUGCCCUAACGACUGCCUGGAUCAUGGUCACUGUGUGAAUGGACAAUGUGUUUGUCAUAAGGGUUUCACUGGUGAGGACUGCAGUGAGAAGACAUGUCCCAAAAACUGUCUUGAUAGGGGUUACUGUGUCGAUGGCAACUGCGUGUGUUACGAAGGUUUCACCGGGCCAGACUGCUCCAUGCUGACCUGUCCAGAAGACUGUCAAAACCAGGGACACUGUGAGAAUGGUGUGUGUGUUUGUGACGAGGGCUUCAUUGGGGAGGACUGCUCUGAAGUCUCACCACCUAAGAACCUAAGAGUGGUGGAGGUCACCCCAGAGACUGUCGACCUGUCCUGGGAGAAUGAGAUGCGUGUGACUGAGUACUUGAUCACCUAUGUGCCAACUGCCCCUGGAGGUCUUGAGCUGGACAUACGGGUGCCUGGGGACCAGAAGAUGACCACUAUUCGGGAGCUUGAGCCCGGCUUGGAGUACCUGAUCAGCGUCUAUGCUGUGCUCAGCAACAAGAGGAGUCUUCCUGUCAGUGCUAGGGUAGCUACACAUCUGCCUGAGCCUGAGGGACUGAAGUUCAAGUCAGUGCGGGAAACAUCAGUGGAGGUGCAGUGGGAUCCAUUGGACAUUCCCUUUGAUGGCUGGAACCUCAUCUUCAGAAACACAAAAGAGGAAGAUGGCGAGAUUCUUAAUUCCCUCGGCCGUCCAGAAACCACCUUUGAACAGUCGGGCCUGGGACCUGGCCAGGAAUAUGAGGUCAAGCUGGAGCUGGUGAAGAACAACAAACGUGGACCGCCUGCCUCUCAGAAUGUCGUCACAAUGAUCGAUGCCCCCAGCCAGGUAGAUGUUCGUGAUGUGACGGACACCACAGCCCUGGUGACCUGGUUCCAGCCCGUGGCUGAGGUGGACGGAGUCAGCGUAUUCUAUGGGCCCAGCUCAAACCCUGCUGAUCGCAACAUGGUAGAGUUGUCCUCCACUGACACCCAGUACCACCUGGUAGGCCUCACCCCUGAUGCCCAGUACGAGGUGUCUCUAUUGGCUAGGAGGGGAGAACGGACCAGCAUUCCUGUCUAUGAGUCUUUCCUCACAGACCUGGAUGCCCCCAGUGACCUGCAGAUGGUGGAGCUGACAGACGAGAGCAUCACUGUUGAGUGGAGGAACAGCCAAGCUCCGGUUGACAACUACCGCAUCAAGUAUGGACCUCUGUCUGGAGGGGAGCACAGAGAGCUGCUCUUCCCACCAGGACCCAAGGACAACACGCAGGCCAAGAUUACAGGCCUGAGACCUGGCACAGAGUAUGGAAUGGGUGUGACUGCGGUGAAAAAUGAGCGGGAGAGUCUGCCGACGACCACCAACGCAGUAACUGCCCUGGAUCCUCCCAAGGACCUGACUGUUGCAGAGGUGACUGAGACCACCAUGAUGCUGGAGUGGAAACGCCCCCUGGCAAAACUGGACUCCUUCAGACUGGUUUAUGUGUCUGUCGAUGGUCGCAGGGCUGAGGAAGUGGUCCCAGGCAGCUCUGAGUCUCACAUCCUCAGGAGCCUUACACCAGGCAUGCUGUACACCAUCAGUGUUAUCGCAGAGAGGGGCCGCAGGACCAGUGCACCCACCACCAUCUCAGCACCCACAGAGGAGGAGAAGCCUGUGGUGACCAACGUCACUGUCAGCGACAUAUCGUGGGACAGCUUCCUCCUGUCCUGGUCAGCUGAGGAUGGGACGUUCGAGGCCUUUCUGAUUGAGGUUACUGAUGCAGAGACGGGCGCUGAGUGGCAAAACCACACGGUGCCUGCCGAUGCUCGCAGCCUCACCAUCUCUGGUCUCUCCUCUGCCACCUGGUACAGGGCCAAUCUGUUCGGGGUGUACAGGGGGCUCCUCUUAGACCCUGUUUUUGCAGACACCAUCACAGAGGCUGAACCAGAGGUGCAGGCUCUCCUAGUCUCCAACGUCACCCCUGAGAGCUUUAGGCUGGCCUGGAUGGCUGAAGAAGAUUCCUUCGACACCUUUGUCAUAAUGGUCAGCCAGGCUGAGGGUCUAGGGCAACCCAGAGAGCUAGUGCUGGGUGGUGAAGAGCGAAGCACAACCGUCACAGGUCUCACCGAAGACACAGAGUACAAAAUCCAAAUCUUUGGAGUCAUUUUGGGAAGACGCUCUGAGUCUGUAAUGGAGGGGGUGAGAACAGACCUUGGCUCACCUAAGGGCAUCCGCUUCUCUGAUGUCAUGGACACAUCCGCCACCGUUCACUGGGUAGUUCCAAGAGCUCGAGUGGACAACUACAGGGUCACUUACAUGCCUGCUCAUGGAGGUAAUGCUAAGACACUGACAGUGAAUGGCUCUGAGUCUCACACGGUGCUGCCCAACCUGACCCCAGGGGUCACCUAUCAGGUCACCAUCAUUGCUCUCAAGGGUCAAAGUGAGAGUGAGCCUGGAUCAGACAGCAUUACCACAGCUCUGGAUAAGCCCCGUGGUCUGACUGCAGUCAACAUCACAGACAGUGAAGCUCUACUGCUCUGGCAGCCCGCCAUUGCGACUGUAGACGGCUACAUCAUCACCUACAGUGCAGACUCUGUGGCUCCGGUGAUGGAGCGUGUAUCAGGAAAUGUGGUUGAGUUUGAGAUGAGUUCUCUGACACCAGCAACACACUACACUGUGAAGGUCUAUGCUGUGAGGAACAUGGCCAAAAGUGCAGCCACUACAACCGAGUUGACUACUGAUGUGGACGCCCCUCAGGACUUGACAGCCAGUAACAUCCAGACAGAGAAUGGUAUGCUGACCUGGAAGCCACCUCGCGCCGACAUCACCGGAUACAUCCUCAGCUUUGAGUCUGCAGAUGGCACCGUGCAUGAGGUGGUCUUGAGUCCCACUGCUGUCUCCUAUAACAUGGCUCAGCUCAGCGCCUCCACAGAGUAUUCAGUCAAGCUGCAGGCCAUCGCUGGUCCAAAGAGAAGCAGAGUCAUCACUGCUGUCUUUACCACCACUGGUGUGCUGUACAGACACCCCAGAGACUGCUCCCAGUUGCUGCUGAAUGGCGACACCUCAUCUGAUCUUUACACCAUCUUUCUGGGUGGAGAUGAGAGCCAGCCCCUGCAGGUCUACUGCGACAUGAGCACUGAUGGGGGUGGAUGGAUUGUGUUCCUCAGACGACAGAGUGGUAGACUAGAAUUUUUCCGGAACUGGAAGAAUUACACAGCUGGCUUUGGUGACAUGAAUGAUGAAUUCUGGCUGGGUCUUUCCAACCUGCAUAAGAUCACAGCUGGAGGUCAGUAUGAGCUGCGAGUCGACCUGAGAGAUAAGAGUGAAACAGCCUAUGCUCAAUAUGACAAGUUCUCUGUCUCUGAACCUCGGACCCGCUACAAAGUCCACGUAGGAGGAUAUAGUGGAACAGCAGGAGACUCUAUGACCUACCACCACGGUCGUCCAUUCUCCACUUACGACCAUGACAAUGACAUUGCUGUCACCAACUGUGCCCUGUCCUAUAAAGGAGCCUUCUGGUAUAAAAACUGCCACCGUGUCAACCUCAUGGGACGAUAUGGAGAUAACAGUCACAGUAAGGGUGUGAACUGGUUCCACUGGAAAGGCCACGAGCACUCAAUCGAGUUUGCUGAGAUGAAGCUCAGGCCAUCCAACUUCAGAAACCUGGAGGGAAGAAGGAAAAGGUCAUAAGCAAUCCACCAACAACAUCAUCAACAACACUGCUACAACUCUGUCUGGACUUCCCGUAAACCACCUUGACUCCUACACCCACACACCCUGCAGCGACCAAAGCCACUGCCAAGAGCCCUGCAGCCUCCAUACAAAACCAGCUCAUCAAUUCAUUCACAGAUCAGCCUCGAUUUCAUAACCCCCUCCCCCUGUGAUAUGGUUGUGGAGAUGCUGCCGGUGUAGAAAUCAAUGUGCAUGUUACAAACUGGGCUUAGAUCAAGCCCACACAGAUUCUACUCACGGACCAAAGAGGAGAGCAAAAACAACUCUGUCUCACCUGAUUCUGUUACAGCAUUUGUGGGGAGCUUGGCCAUUAUGUUGUAUUCAGUAAUAAAUACAGUUCACUAUUUCACAUUUGGGGUUUUACAAAAAAGACAAGCUGUUUCUAGUACAAUGUGGUCUUGUUUAGAUUCAGGGCCUCAUUAAAAAAAAAUUGAUAAUACAGUGAUAAUUCAACUGGAUAAUCAUAGCAAUUCUAUUCCUUGUACAGUAGUGUACAUGUAAACAUCUGACUGAAACAUUUGAAAAGGGAUAUUCCUCAGUUGACACUGUUCAGAUGUCUCCAUCUACCUUGUCAUUUGUUUGUCUUUGUGCUUAACUUGUGUCAGUGUUACUUUAUCCUCCCCAGAUUCCCUCACAUCCUGCGACACAAACAGAUAUCUGAAGUGAUAAGAUGGACAUGAAAAAAAAUUGUAUCGAAAAGUAUUUUACCCACCACAUCCCAUGUCUACGAGGAUGGCAAAGUUUCCAUUCACUAAGUAAGCCCUUGAAGGCAUCGUUACACCGCCACAGUAUUGUAAAGAACAAAGAGAAGAAAAGAUGAUGUGUUUCCAUUUGUUUUGUUUCUCUUGUGAAACUGAGGCAGGACCUGUUACUCGGUAUGUUAACAAAUGUGUUUAUGAUAUUUCUUUCUUUUUUUUUUUUUGAAUACAGUACAUAUGUGUGGAACAAGAGAAUUUUCCUUGAUGUUGUUGCUCAAAACUUGAAAAAUGACCAAUUCCAAUUGAGUUCAUUGGACAAAGUAGGGUAUCUAUGAAUAUGUUGAUGAUAAAACUGACUUAAGAGGUCAAAACUAGAGAAGUAGUUAGUGUUCUUACCCUCCCAGCCUCCUCAGCCCCCAGGCCCAGCCACAGCGGCAUACUAAACUAAUAACCUGCCCGUGGAAAUGAAGCUUGUUUUUAUUGUUAUGUUUGUUUAUAAGUAACUGAAUGAACAACAGGUGUGUCUCUGUAAACUGUAUUACAAUAAACCAGUUUGUUU